AUGUUAUUUUUUGAAGUCUCCAGCAUAGCCGGUAUAUACGCAUUAAAAUCCCACUUGGCGCACUACGUGAAGUACAUGGCUGCAGCGAAAGAUGUGCUGGCCAUAGCAACAAUGGAAGUGACCCUCUCCGCCAUACCCGAAGGUAAAGUCUCCGUGAUCAAGUGGAGAGGGAAGCCAGUAUUUAUUUACCACAGGUCCCAAGCUACGAUCGAUCAAGAAAAAAGCAUAGACAUAUCGCAGCUCCGGGACCCUGAGACCGAUGAAGCAAGAGUGCACAAGCCCGAGUGGUUAGUUGUAAUCGGUGUAUGCACUCACUUGGGAUGCGUACCGAUUAUCAACUCCGGCAUGAUACCCGGAGGUUUUUAUUGCCCUUGUCACGGCUCACACUACGACGCCGCAGGAAGAAUUCGAAAGGGACCCGCCCCAACUAAUCUCGAAGUGCCUACUUAUCGAUUCCUCGACGAACAAACAAUUCUCAUAGGCUGAUUCAUCCCAGGAUUAUUUAUUUCAAUUUUUUCUAAAAUUUAUUUCUAGUCGCACAGACAACGUGGUCAUUAGCGACUAUUUACAGAAGAAUGAAAAAAUAAAUUACAAUGUAAUACAACAUAA